CACUUCUUGAUUUAAAGGAGCCUGUUUUGUUUUGCACAUAAAUUUAACUUUGGACUUAUUUUUUUGUCUCCAUUCAUCAGUCAGGCCAAAGGUUGACAUAAAGUUUUCUAGAACUGUGUUUGGAUUUGUUUUAGCCUUUGGAGGAAAUCUAUCUAAUGCUUCGUUAAGAGUCCCUACCAAUAAUAAUAAUAUUCAUAUGAUAUUUUCCACAUAAGUAAUUCACCCCGUUACUCCAUCUAUCAUAAAGUUGCAUAUUUUCUGCUUUGGUAUUGUACCCAUAUAUAGAACCCAACAAAAGAAUUUCUUCAUUUAUUGAUACAACUAAUAAGACAAAAUGUCCAUAUGUGUGGACAUAAUCCAUCUCCACUGAAGUUGUUUGGUAAUGUUGCCUCCUGCUGACUGAGUGGAUCCAUGUUCCAGCCAUAGUUCGUCCCCCCACUGACUUUUCCAGAACUUGGUAUCAUUUGCAGUUGAAUGAGUUUCUUGGAUUAAACAGAAAUCUGCUUUAAAAUUUUUAAGAUAUAAAAACGUUGCCUUUCUUUUAAUGUUGUUCCUUAACCCUCGAGCAUUGAGUGAAAUAACUUUAAAAAAAGAAAUGCUACUAAGAGUUGUAGCUUCUAACCCUGAAAACUGAGUUACAGAAAAAUCUAACAAACUCUCCCAACAGAGAAAUUAUAUAAUAAACGGAGCUUUUUCAAUAUUUAAUGUCAUUACUUAGGGUAAUGACAUUUAGUGUCCCCUACUGUCUCCUUCUGUCUCCUAAUGUCCCCUACUGUCUCCUUCUGUCCCCUACUGUCUCCUAGUGUCUCCUACUGUCUCCUUCUGUCCCCUACUGUCUCCUAGUGUCUCCUACUGUCUCCUUCUGUCUCCUAGUGUCCCCUACUGUCUCCUUCUGUCCCCUACUGUCUCCUUCUGUCUCCUAGUGUCCCCUACUGUCUCCUUCUGUCUCCUAGUGUCUCCUUCUGUCUCUUAGUGUCUCCUAGUGUCCCAUACUGUCUCCUUCUGUCUCCUAGUGUCUCCUAGUAUCUCCUACUGUCUCCUAAUGUCCCCUACUGUCUCCUUCUGUCUCCUAGUGUCUCCUUCUGUCUCUUAGUGUCUCCUAGUGUCCCAUACUGUCUCCUUCUGUCUCCUAGUGUCUCCUAGUAUCUCCUACUGUCUCCUAAUGUCCCCUACUGUCUCUUAGUGUCUCCUUCUGUCUCCUACUGUCUCCUAAUGUCCCCUACUGUCUCCUAGUAUCUCCUUCUGUCCCCUACUGUCUCCUAAUGUCCCCUACUGUCUCCUUCUGUCCCCUACUGUCUCCUAGUGUCUCCUACUGUCUCCUUCUGUCCCCUACUGUCUCCUAGUGUCUCCUACUGUCUCCUUCUGUCCCCUACUGUCUCCUAGUGUCUCCUUCUGUCUCCUAGUGUCCCCUACUGUCUCCUUCUGUCCCCUACUGUCUCCUUCUGUCUCCUAGUGUCCCCUACUGUCUCCUUCUGUCUCCUAGUGUCUCCUUCUGUCUCUUAGUGUCUCCUAGUGUCCCAUACUGUCUCCUUCUGUCUCCUAGUGUCUCCUAGUAUCUCCUACUGUCUCCUAAUGUCCCCUACUGUCUCCUUCUGUCUCCUAGUGUCUCCUUCUGUCUCUUAGUGUCUCCUAGUGUCCCAUACUGUCUCCUUCUGUCUCCUAGUGUCUCCUAGUAUCUCCUACUGUCUCCUAAUGUCCCCUACUGUCUCUUAGUGUCUCCUUCUGUCUCCUACUGUCUCCUAAUGUCCCCUACUGUCUCCUAGUAUCUCCUUCUGUCCCCUACUGUCUCCUAAUGUCCCCUACUGUCUCUUAGUGUCUCCUUCUGUCUCCUACUGUCUCCUAAUGUCCCCUACUGUCUCCUAGUAUCUCCUUCUGUCCCCUACUGUCUCCUAAUGUCCCCUACUGUCUCUUAGUGUCUCCUUCUGUCUCCAGGCGUCUGCGGCUCUAAUCCUGCUAAGUGGAUCAACGUUCCUCUGAGACUCUAAGCUCUUUAGACGCUGAAGCAGAGUUCUGUCCGCCAGUUGGACCGGGCCGUGAUGGGAGCCGGCGCCGACCCGACUGGGACCAGACCCUGAAGCAGAACUGACCUUUGAACCUGUGAGAACCACAGAUCACGGGUCAGAACCAUCUGGGCCCGGUUCUGGAGCUAAAGUCAGAAACCUGACCUCCAUAGAGCUGGACCAGGACCUUUGGCUCUGGUUCUGGUUCUGGUUCUGUCAGUCCUCUGUGUGCGUAGGAGCCAUGGACCCUGAGGACCCGUCUCCUCUGCAUCGGUUCGUGGUUGCUAAGCGAUCGAUCGGGUCGAUCUUCGACCAACUGCUGGAGUUUGUGAAGAGCGGUUCUGCGUUUGUGGACGAAGCCGUUCAGAACCAGGACCUGGGUCCGGUUGCUGUGGAGGAGCAGAACCUGGAGAUGCAGAGCUGCGCCACCAAGCUGGCCGCCAUCAGGGAGGUUCUGCUGCGGAGAACCAUGAAGGUGGCCUUCUUCGGCAGAACCAGCAACGGGAAGAGCACGGUGAUCAACGCCAUGCUGAGGGAGCGGGUGCUGCCCAGCGGCAUCGGCCAUACCACCAACUGCUUCCUGAGCGUGGAGGGGACGGACGCCGCCGAGCCCUACCUCACCACCGAGGCAUCUGCCGAGCGCCGCGCCGUCUCUACAGUAAACCAGCUGGCCCACGCGCUGCACAUGGACCCGGCGCUAGACUCGGGCAGCCUGGUCCGAGUGUUCUGGCCCAAGAACCGCUGCGCCCUGCUGAGGGACGACCUGGUUCUGAUGGACAGCCCAGGGACGGACGUCACCCUGGAGUUGGACAGCUGGAUCGAUAAGUUCUGUUUGGACGCCGAUGUCUUUGUUCUGGUGGGGAACGCCGAGUCGACGCUGAUGAACACGGAGAAGCUGUUCUUCCAUAAGGUCAGUGAGCGGAUCUCCAAGCCGAACGUCUUCAUCCUCCAUAACCGCUGGGACGCCUCGGUGACGGAGCCCGAGCUCAUCGACCAGGUGAGGAAGCAGCACCUGGACCGCUGCAUCAGCUUCCUGUCGGAGGAGCUGCGGGUCGUUGAACCGGACCGGGCCGCUGACAGAAUCUUCUUCAUCUCUGCCAAGGAGGUUCUGAUCUGCAGGACGCAGCGGAACCAGGGCAUGCCGGAGACAGGGGGCGCUCUGGCUGAAGGCUUCCAGGACCGGCUGACAGAGUUCCAGCAGUUCGAGAGAACCUUCGAGGAGUUCAUCUCUCAGUCGGCGGUCCGGACCAAGUUCGAGCAGCACACGGUGCGGGCGUGGCAGAUCACCGAGGCCAUCAAGACCGUCAUGGACGCCAUCAACAUUGCGUCGGCCGACAGGAAGAUCUGUUGCCUGGAGGAGCGGGAGGAGCAGCGGGACCGGCUGGACUUCGUCCGGGGUCAGAUGAGCCGUCUGAGCGACAGCGUGAAGAACCGGAUCAGAACCCUGACGGACGACGUCACCGCCAAGGUGGCCUCUGCGCUGCUGGACCAGAUCCAUUCCUUGCCGGUUCUGGUGGAGGAGUUCCGGGCCGACUUCAGCCCGUCCCUGGAGAACCUGGAGCUCUACAAAGCUAAACUGGUGCAGCACCUGGAGCAGCGUCUCUCUGGGGGUCUGGCCCAUCGUUGCCAUGGCGACGUUCUCAGGGAGAUCCGGGACGCGCAGAGACUCAUGACCGACAGCGUGCGUCCCCUGGUGUCGCCGUCCGUCCAGCAGCAGCUCUGCGCUCCGUCCUCGUCCUUCGAGAUGACCUUUGACCUCAGCCUGGCCGCCCUCUGCGCCGACUUUAGGGAGGACAUCGACUUCCGGUUCUCCCUGGGCUGGACCGCCCUGGUGACCCGCUUCAUCUGCGCCGCCGGCGCCCACCGGGCGCUGGCCGUCCCCAAGGACGAACCGUCCCUCAAGGACCGGCUGGUGGUUUCCAUGGCAACGAGCCUGGUGUCGGUGUCCUCCAGGGCGUCCAUGGCGGUGCUGCUGAUCGGGGGCGUGGUGUGGCGCUCGGUGGGCUGGCGGGUCGUGGCCCUGUCCGUCUCCCUCUACGGUUUGCUCUACCUGUAUGAGAGACUCACCUGGACGGCCUCCAGCCAGGAGCGCGCUCUGAAGCAGCAGUUCACAGAGUUCGCCGCCUUCCGCCUCCGCGCCGUCGUUCCUGUCACCAGCUCUGCCUGCAGCCAGCAGGUGUUCAAGGAGCUGACCUCCACCUUCGGCCGCCUGACCCAGAGAGUGGACCUGAGCGAGGCGGAGCUGGAGGGACGGAUCCGGCAGCUCACCUGCAGGAUCCAGAGGCUGGAGGCGACCCAGAGGAAGUCCAAGGCCUUCAGGAACCGGGCCACGGAGCUGGAGACCCAGCUGGAGGCCUUCUCUGCUCGCUACCUGCAGGCUGCGGACUGAAGCAGCAGCGGUUUGGAUCCACCUGCUCCGACCAGAACCAGGACGGGACCGGAGGAGGGUGGUUCUGCCUGUGCUGGUGUGGGCCAGCAGCGGUAUCAGGGUUUGGUUCUGGUCUCGAUCGGGUUCAUCUGGUUCUGGUCCAUGCCCUUCCAGCUGCUUGAGGUGAAACUCUGCCUCCACCAGAUGUUGCUGUGACCUCUGACCUCUGCAGCUUUCGGUCAGGUUCAUCAGAGACCUGAUGCCUCGCUGCAAUGAGGUUCUGGAUUUGAAUCCGGUGGUCUGCAUGUUUUCCCUGAGCCGGUCCAGAACCAAGCUGCGUUAGCCGGAACCGACUGAAAUGUUUAAAGCCUUUAUCCUGUGAAUGAAAAUGAUUUUCUGCUUCAGCCAAUAAAAACAUUUAAUACAGAAAUCUGGAUUCAUGGAAACCAUGAAUAUUACCGGCUGAGAGACGUUCUAACAGAACCUGACAGAACCUCCAUGAACGGACGGACGGAUGAGUUGGUUGGUCAAUUGAUUGGUUGAUAUAGAAGACCAGGUCCCUCUGCUGAGAGCCAAUCAGAGGCUGGAGGAGUGGUGACCCUGUUGCUAUGUGUCGUGACCCCGUUGCUAUGGGUGAUGCUGUCAUGUAGAGACUGUGAUGGGGGUCUGGUAAUGUUAGCGCCCCCUGCUGGCGUCUCCAUGGCGACUGCAUGCAGCUGGUCUCAUCUCGGCUCUGAUUGGUUGGUGGAAAUGAACCGAUCUUUGAGACCGGAUGAUGAUGGAAGUAAAAUGAAUGGAAAUAAUAAACACUGAACUGAUUAUUGUCUUUAAUAUCGAUUAAUAGGAUUUAUGUGUGAAGUGACUUAAACACAAUAAAAAUGAAUAAAACAGGAUUAAAAGUGCAACAGUGCUCAACACUAACUUAUUAAAAACCAUAAAAACAAUCAAAUAAGGGCACAGGCUGGAAUACAGCGCCCUCAUUAGGACAAAAUGGAAAUUACAUUUAAAGGAAUAAGAAAUGAUAAAACUUUGCUAAAUUAAAUUUCGGAAACUUGGCAACAGGAACCAAACUGGUUUCCUAGUUUAGUUUUGGGUGCCAAAUAUCUGUGUCUGUAUGGAGAGAUGGUUGACCUCUGACCUCCGGGUUCAGCUAUGAGUUUAUUAAAAAGCCUCGUUAUCACUGAUUAAAACGACUCUUUAGAUAUGAAUAUGUAUGAAUAUGAUGAGUCAGAACGUAAAACACAGAGCAGCUCAGAUCAGACCCUCCGACUCCCUGAGGAGAAAUACUGAUGGAUCAUAUUUAUUCACAAAUAACUUAAAUAGUUUCACUGAGUAUUAUUUAUGUAUUUGACCUGCAGUUUAGGCCCCGCCCCCUUUGUUCUCACCUGAGCUUUUAUUUUGGUGACUCAGUAAAACCUACUGACUCGGCUCUGCAGCUCAUACGGACGUUAAUAUUCAAGCAUUAAUAAAUAUUGAUUAAACUACGGAGGCCUCUGGGGGUCAUGGGGAAAAGUUUCCCUCACAGAAAGCUUCCUGCAACAUUUGCUGGUCUUUGUGGUUUUCAGCCACAAAUGUCAAUUUAAAAUUUAAAGUUUCAAAUAAAGAGCCUUGCUGAAAAGGUGUGUAUCCUUAACUCUGAUUGGAAAUGGUUCAGUCCAUGUUUAUGUCUGUUGGUGUCGGCUGGGAUGGAAACGUUGACCGUUCAGAGCAACAAGACACUGAACUCUAUAAUAAUAACUCAGAAAUAGUCCAAAUAGUUUUUAUGUAUUUUUUAUUUCUUUCCUUCUUAUGGAAAGUUUCUGUUUAUAUCAGAGGUUUGUGGUUAAUUUCUAUCUUAAAGAAAAAGAUAUAAAACUUCAGAUAUUUCCCAUUGAGAUUUUAACAUCUAUGGAAAAACCUCAUGAAAGCCUCAGAUUAUAGCAGAAAGCAAGAUGGCCGUGAGAAAGUGUUCAGUCAUAACACAUGAACUGAUCAGGACGUCACUGCCAGGGAACGCAAAA